GCCAGUAGCCGUUGACGGCUCUAGUAGUGACGGAUCGACCUCUGUCUGUGAUUGUUUUCUUUUUCUUUUUUCAUUUGUUUUGUGGGGUGAAAAAAAGGUGCACAGCCGAGCCGCACUACACUCAUCCGUCUCCGAUACACCCGGUCCGAUUUUAUAUAGAGUUUUUUUUUUUUUUUUUUUUUUUUUUAAAAAUUAAAUCGGGCUUUUCGGAUCGCUAGCAAGCUAACAUUUGCUAGCCGCACAGCCUAACCGGGAUUGGUGGUUCAGCUAGCUGGCCAGCGUGCGCUACCGCUAGCUAGCAACCUUAGUUAUUCGUUUUAUUCGUUAGCGAAACAACCUCGAGACGAGUCGGGAUAAGGCCAGUCUCAGGUCUCACCAUACUCAAUGAGCGGACAGCGCAAUGUCAGAGCGCUCUGGGCAAACAGCAAAGGGGAAGGAUGGCAAAACCAAGUAUGCAUCUCUCAACCUGUUUGAUACCUACAAAGGAAAGAGCCUCGAAACACAGAAGCCUGUUGUCCCCCCCCGCCAUGGCCUCCAGUCUCUUGGUAAAGUUGCCUCAGCGCGGCGCAUGCCCCCCCCAGCCAACCUGCCCAGUCUGAAGGCAGAAAACAAAGGCAACGACCCCAACAUCUCGCUCGUCCCCAAAGACGGCACAGGAUGGGCAAGCAAACAGGAACCUGCAGACCCAAAGAGUACCGAUGUAUUGUCAGCUCCGCAGCUGGAGUCGCAGCCACCUGUGGCUUCACAGACGCCUGCGUUGACCCGGCCGAGAACCCCGACAGCACCAGAGGCACCAGCUUCAGCCCUGGCCGCAGGGGUAAGGUCCUGGGCACAGGCCAGUGUUACACAUGGAGUGCAAGGGGAUGGUGGAAAGGGAUUAAACCAACCGUCGCCAUUCUCUCGCGAGGAAUUUCCCACCCUGCAGGCGGCUGGAGACCAGGACAGAGCUGGCAGAGAACCGGCCACUGCAGAUCAGUGGUAUGGGCCCGGACCAAGCCUCCGCCCCCAAAAUGUCACAAGUUGGCGGGAUGGGGGUGGCCGUGCCCUGAAUGCAGCGCUGCCUGGAGAGGGCGCUGCAGAGGGUGGAGCUGGAGGAGCAUCCAUGAUGGAGGGGGCAUCUGGGGCUGGGCAACCUGCUUCCCACCAGCUGCAGAACCUGCCUUCACAUGGACCCCCUAGAAACCCCCCUUCCAACAGCCCUGGCCUCCCUUUGGCUCAGCCCCCUGUUGGCCCCCAGUUCCCUGCCUAUCGCGGGAUCAUGCCGCCCUUUAUGUACCCUCCAUAUCUCCCCUUCCCACCACCUUAUGGCCCCCAGGCACCAUACAGAUACCCGCCAUCUGCCGAUGUUCCCAGGUUUGCUCGUGCACAGGGAGGUGCAGGUGACGGGAGGCCCCCAGGUGGCCCAAGGGUUGUAGGAGGGGAGGUGGUGAAGCGUCCCUCCAUCCUGAAGCAGGAUGACCUGAAGGAGCUGGAUGAGCUGGACCAUGAUGGGGACGAAGGCUGGGCUGGAGCUCAUGAGGAGAUAGACUAUUCUGCCAAGCUGAAGUUCAGUGAUGAUGAAGGCGAGGAAGAAGGGGAGGAAGAGAGGACUGAGGGCAAAAAUUGCAAUCGGGAGCAGAGAGAGCAGCAGCAAAGGACCCAGGAAGGACCAGCCUCUGUUACACGCUCCCGAGGCCCUGAUAGCGGAGGAGAGAAUCGUCGCACCCCUCCCUCAGGCCCUGAAGAGGCAUCCCAACCCCCCUCUACCAAGUCAGGCUGGGCUGAGGAGGGGGCAGGUAGCUGGGCAGCCCAGGGCCAUGCAACACUUUAUCAGGGGCGGAGGUCUGGGCUGGGUGGUCCAAGGGAGCAGCCCUCGCCCCCACCGGGCCCCCUCCUUGGCCAGGCGCCCUACUCCUACUAUCGACAGGACCGUCCUGCACAGCCUGGCUCCACUGCUGGUCCCUCAGGCUCUGGCCCCGUAUCCUCCCAGAAGCCCUCAUCACUGUCCCAGCAGCAGCCCUCGGCCCCCCCAUCCCUGCUCACCCAACCUCAAGCUGAGGAUGAGGACGAGACGUGGCGGCAGCGGCGGAAGCAGUCCUACUCGGAGAUCUCCGCAGCAGUGGAACGUGCCCGGAGGCGUCGUGAAGAGGAGGAGCGCAGGAUGGAGGAGGAGCGACGGGCAGCUUGUGCCGAGAAGCUCAAGAAGCUUGAUGAGAAGCAGCAGCAACAAAGCGCAAAGCCUGCUGCCAUCACUAGGGAGGGCAGCAGCCCUGGGCCUACUCUGUCUGCCACUUCCCCAACGGCCAGCCAGCCCUCCUCCCCCUGUGUGGACUCUGAGGAGCCUCCCCUUGCUGUUCCCCAGGCAGGGACUGCAGCUGCAGCUGGGGCUGGAACAAGCAACAGGCAGAGGGCUGGCAGUAACAGCAGCUAUGAGUCUAGCACAGAGCCACAGCAAUGCCCUCCACCCCCAGCACCCCAAACUCUUGACACCACAGCAGCUGGGGAAGGAAAGGAGGAAGCCAGUGGCCCUCCCAGUGUCCGUGGUGGGGGUUCAGAUGUGGUAAAGGUGGAAAGUCUAGGAGGGGGGUCUGGACGCCAGCCAAGCAGCCUUCCCAGUCAGGGCUAUUCCAAGUACCAGAAGUCUCUACCGCCUCGCUUCCAGAGACAGCAGCAGGAGCAACUACUCAAGCAGCAGCAGCAGUGGCAGCAGCAACAGCAGCAGCAACAUAAUCAGGCUGCCCAAAACCAGCUCCAGCCUCCCCCUGCACCACCCCAGGGUCCUGCCCCAGGUGCGCCGCCUCAGCCAGCCCCCAAACAGCCACCCAUGUACCCUGGCACACUGGGACGACCUCCUCCGCUGCCGAUGAACUUUGAUCCUCGUUGGAUGAUGAUGCCCUACAUGGAUCCACGGAUGAUGCAGGGUCGUCCUCCACCCAUGGACUAUUAUCCUCCCAGCAUGCAUCCUUCUGGACUUUUGGCUCGUGAGCGUUCUGAUUCGGGUGGCUCUGGGUCAGACCCCUUUGACCGACAGCAGCCCCAUCCAGGACCUCCUCACCCUCAUCGUGGCACACCCCCAAUGGACCCAAAGCUGGCCUGGGGACCUGAUGUGUUUCCUGGGGGCACUGAGCCCAGAGGGUUGGGUUCCCCAUUGAGGCAGAAUCAGCAACAUGAGGAUGAUGAGAACAGCAAAGGGCUGAGGAGUGACACCCCUCCAACUCGACUGAGAGAGGGAGGGACAGGUCCCAUUCAACAGGGCAAUGUUGCCCCCAGCUCUCCGUCUGCCUCCUCAAACCAAACCCCACCCCCAUCUCUUGGCUCCCAGGGGGGCAUUGCAGGAGGAGUUGCUGGCGGAGGUGGAAGUCAUCUUCCUCAUCAUCACCAGUCUUUUGUUGGAGGGAGGGGUAACUACAGUAGUUUCCCUGACAAUGGGUCCAGGGGGCCUCCGCACCAGCAGCAGAGGGGUAACAGUGGAGGUUCCAUGCAUAGCUUCAGCCACCAGGACGAGAGCUCCAGAGGGGUCCAACAGGGGCAGAUUUGGGGUGCCCCUCACCCUCACUAUGACCAUAAUGGCUGUGCUGAUCUGUCCCCCCUGGAAAAUAACCCGCACCUGCAUCUCCAUCAUCCUCAUCACCCUCACCCUUCCCAUUUCCCCCUUCACUCACAUAAGACAGAAAAUGGCAGAGACCGUGAAAGGGGAGCAGAGACGAAGAAGAGCAAUGCUUCGCCCCCACUUCACCAGCCCUGCCUUUCUUCCUCCUGUUCCUCUUCUUCCUCAUCUUCAUCAGCUCGUGAUGACAAUAGCGGAAAGCUCUCUCAGCAGCCCCUGCCCCCCCAGCAUGAACAUGACAUAGGGGUUAGCAGUGGCAGGAAGCAGGAAAAAGUUAGUAAUGCCCACCUUCAUUCUACACAUUCGUCUCUUGCACCUUCCUCUCAUCACUCUCUUCAGCAGCACCAUCCCAAAUCUAAUCAGCGUGGGCGGGAGCACAAGACUGAGACUCAGUGGGGACCACGUCCUGGAAGCAAUAGUGCCAGUAACAUUUCUUCCCACAACCGGAAGUCUAACACGACAGUGGGUGGUAAUGCAGGAGAAGAGCCAGUCAGUUCUGUGGCAGAAAAAUCCUCUUAUCAGUCUGGGGGCAGUGGCACCAACAAGAGGGCAGGGCCAAUAAAGAGACCUGUGCUUCGAGAAAUUAAGCGAGAAGGAGUGGAAGGAGAUGGAGAGAAGAUAAUUGGUGGAUCAGGAAAAGACAAAGAACAAGACUGUAACCAACCAACAACCAAGCAGGAUGCAGCUAUGAACUCCCAUGCAUCACCGGCACCCUUGAAGGACGAUUCUGCACAGAUGAGCAAAUCCAGAAAUGGAGGAAAAGAGCGAACAGGAGGUGUAGGUAAAGGACCCAAAGAAGGGGACACCCAAAAUCCAUCCUCAGGCUACCCUAUUCCUACUUCCAGACGGGACAUGGAUCGUUCCUUUGAAAGGAGUGGUGGCGGAGCUCCGCCAAGGGGGAGCAGAGCCGGUCGAGGUCGUGGGGAGUUUUAUGGAAGGGGUCGAGGUUACAGGGGCACCUAUUCAGGAGGUGGUGGUGGCGGAGGCAGCAGCAGUCGUGGUAGAGCAGGAGGAAGGAGCAGUCGGGACUACCGGUCAGCAGCAGGCAGCACCUCCCACCAUGCUCAUCCACAUGGCUCCUCUGCUCAGGAUUCCAGCAUUUUCAAGGGGGAGGUUGUGAUCGGGGGUAGGCAGGGAAGUUCUCAGAUGAACCCUGGACGUGCGAGGAACCGCAGUGAGACCAGGAGUGAAGGGUCUGAAUAUGAAGAGGUCCCAAAGCGGAGACGACAGAGGGGGUCUGAAACGGGCAGCGAAAGUGCUGCUAGUGACCUUGCCCAUUCUGACAAGGAAGACAGGAAACAGCAGUCCAAGAAUGGCAGUGGUGGUGCAGAGAAUCCCACCACUGCCACCAGUGGUGGCACAAACUCCACCAUUCCACCUCGAACAUCCCAGACUCGUGUCUUCACCCCUAGAGGUGUGCCAUCAAGGCGAGGACGAGGUGGAGGUGGUGGCAGUGGGAGUGUCUACAGAAGUGGUGGCGGUGGUGGUGGGGGAAUAUCCAACAGUCAUCGAACAGGACCCAGCUCAACCUCCCAUGGAUGGGCUUCCAAAUCUUCUGUGCGAAAACAAGUCACUCUGCAGUCCUUACCUCCAAAAGAUGUGGGACGUGGAGGUGGUUCUGAGAAGAAGGAUAAGGUAGCAGAUUCAGUUCACUCCCCAAAUCAGAACACAAAUGUGAUCCUUUCCUCAACUCCCACUGCACCUUCAGCAAGCCAGCUCCCCUCUGAGAAUGGAAAUGCGGGAACCGGUGUCUUGUCAGCGAACACCCUUCAGAAUUCCACUGAUUCCACCACACUCCCGCCCUCUGUCACGGGCCCCGAGGGCCGUGGCUUUUCUUCCCGUGGCUUCGAGCGUCCGCCCCGCCGUCGCCGGCAUGGCCGCUCACAGCAUCAGCAAGACAAGCCUCCAAGAUUUCGCCGGCUGAAGCAGGAAAGGGAGAACGCAGCCCAAAUCAAUGGCAGCACCGCCAUAAUUGGAGGAGGAGCACCACAGCAAAGACCAAUUUCACCUUCCCAGAUAAAUUUACAGGAUGUCGAUGGUGCUCCCAUCACAACCACCUCUGCUCCCAGUGCAAACCACAACUCAACAGCUGGUAGCAACAGCAGUAGUCACCAAGCGGGAACCAACUCAAAUUUAAAUAGCCACCAUCCCCACCACCACCACUACAACCCUGCCACUGCUUCCCAGCACCACCACAACCAUAAUCCAGCAGGUGGCGCCAAAUCCCCUGAUGUUUCCAAUCAGAAUUCUGACCAAGCCAAUGAGGAAUGGGAGACUGCGUCUGAGAGCAGUGACUUCGCCGAAUUUCGGGAAAGAGAGGGAGGAGGUGCUGGGGGGGGUGGCAGAUCCUAUUCCUCCCAUCACCACCACCACCCGUCCGGAAGAGGAGGCAAUGGAGGAGGAGGUGCAGAGCGAGAGAUGAGCGCGAAAGAGUCUGCUGCAAACAAGAGAAGCUUUUCCAGCCAACGACCCGGAAUGGAGCGGCAGAACCGAAGAGUGAAUGCAGGCGGAGGAGGAAGGGGCCCUCGGGGGCCAACAGGUGGAAGUGGAGGCGGCGGUCCCGGUAACGGAAGUGGUAACAGAGGUGACAGGCGUGGAAAUUUUCCCUCUCCAAAAAAUAGAAAGUAAAAUUUAAAAUUUCAAACAUUUCAGAUCCACCCUUACCCCCUCCUUGUUUAGUCCUGUCCUUCAUUCCCCUACAUUCCCAUAAUUUGUUGUAUAUUGCAAUGAUAUGGAGACAGAAUAUGUGCACACAUACAUUACUCACUUUGGCUCCCUUUUCAAAAGCACCUCCAUUUCCCUGGCUUCUGUCUCCGUGCAUUUGUGUAAAUUGUUUCUUCCCCUCAAUCUAGGCUCUCUUGUUGAUCUGCCCCUCAUAAACCUUGUAAUUGGUUCUUAUGGAUUCCCUGCCUGUUUUAAAUGCAAGCAACUUUGACUGAAAUUUUUUAUAUACAAGCACAAUACAAAAAAUGCAAACGCGUUAACACCCAACAGUAGAAGUGCGACAUGUUCUAUUGACACAUGUUGGAAGUAUUGGCAUAAGGGGUCUGAUCCAGACGCUUGUAGAGAAUGCCGAUGUUUCUAUUUAUGUACUUGUAUAUUUAUACCACAGUAGGGGUGGGGAGUUACUCAGAUGGGAAGUUCUGCGUAUUUCCUUUAUGAGGGGGUUGCAUAUUUUAACGAAAACAGUUGUACAAAAGUUUCAUCUUUUGUGUUGAUUUUUGCCUCUGUUAAUUUGCAUUUCAACCACCCUCAAAAUUAGCAGUGUGCAGCCUUUUUUUUUUUUUUUUUUCCCUUAAAACAGGUCAUUAAAAUAACUUUUAUACUACUCCCCCAUUUCAUUUCUGAUCUCUGAGGAGGAAACCUAAAGUUGCUGUGAUUAUAAACUUUUAUUUGUAUUCCACCCACACUUGUAGAUUUGGUCUCUAACGUCAGUGUUUUGGUGCCUGUCUAGAAGUAGGCCAAUGUUAGGUGUUGACCUGCUCUAUUCAAGCCUUGUUUUCCCCUUUGUUGUGUAUUCAAGACUAAUCUGAUUUCUUGACUCAGCUCUUGAGUAUUGUAUUGAAUAUGCAGUAGUUUGACUGCGCUGCAAAAUAAGAAUUUUCUUAAAAGAAAAAGUGUCAUGACUUUAUUAAAAUAAUCUUGGGGCUGAAUUUUAACUGCUUAUUUUUUAGAAAUAUCUGGCUACCACUUUUCAUAAAAUUUUGUUUGAGUGACAGUGGGAGUCAUGUUUUCUCUUAAAUGUUUAAAAAGUCAUGAAAGAAAAGCUAUAAUCCUAAUGAAUGUUUUUCUUUGAAGGAAAUUUUUUGCUUUGUAGAGUAGGCCACUCUGCUGUAAGCACUCCUGUAGUGAAAAUUUUUUUUUCUUUUUUUUUUUUUUUUUUUUUUUUUUUUUUUGUCUGCCCGGAAGUCUGUUGUACAUAUUGAGCAAGCUUACUUUGUGCACCAUGUCUCCCACUGGUCCUUUAAAGGCAAAAUGAAUCAUUUGACUUAAUAUUGUACUGUUUCUAUAUGUACUCUGCAGAAGUGAUAGUGAAUUUAGUGGUGUGCACUAGAAUGCAGCUGCACUGUGCAACAGACAUUUGUACAUCAGCUCUUGCACCUUCAUGUACUGAGCUGGUAUAGCAUGAGGAGCUCUGCUUUGAAUGAGUACUUUGCAAAGCUUAUAAGACCAGUGUUCCUGAUGUUUAAUGGCAACAGCCUGUUGUCCUUGUUCAAAAUUACUCUGCAGAGAUUGCAAUUGUAGUUCUACAUAUUCUUUAUUUACAACAGAUUUUCCAGACAGACCUCUGGAACGAAAUAUGGCUCUUUAAAACCAUCCAACCCACAAAAAGGCAAAGUUACAAAACAAGCUGUAGUAGAUGUUACUGACUUGCACGUGCGCGCGCACACACUUGUAGCUCUUGGAAUCUGAAGUACAUCAUCAUUGUGUGGCCAUUUUUUAUGUGCACCUUUGUUCCACGGCUGUAGGUUGGGGUUUUUUUUGUUCUGAAAAGGGUCAAAGAGAAGUAGCAUAUUUGUAUGUGGAUGCGCGUGCGUGUGUGUGCGUGUGUCUGUGUGUGUGCGUGUUUCCAGUUGUCUUUGUAAUAUCUCUUGAGGGGGCUGGGUGGAGGGGCAUUUAACUUUCACCUGUGUUUCUACACAUCCUUUUCGAAAGCGUAAGGAGAACAUGUGGACAAUUUUACCAUCUUUCUUUAUAUGCAUUCAUUUAAUAUACCUUCAGGUGUGUGCAUGUUAUAUGCAGAUGACUGGUUUGCACCAGGAGCCUGGCGUGAACACAGAUCAGAUGACAUUUUCAAACGAGAAAC